CACACAAACAGCAAGGGUUACCCUAACCCAAAGACAACAUAAAUACCAAUACGUAUUUUAUAAUAGCUGAAAAUAUUGCCUGUAAAUAAAUUAAAUAUUCAAGAUUUGAUACGAUAGUGUCGCUUUUUUAUACCCCCAACUCCGACUCUCCCAAAUUCCUAGCUAGUCCUAGCUACUAGCACCCGACCACACUAGCUGGUUUGCAGCAGCAGCAGCGCCAGCAGCAGCAGUGACUUCAAACAGAGCAGCAAAAUGGCCGAUCGUCAACCCAAUGACUUUACAACGCUUCAUAGACAUUCUUCAGCACAUUAGUUGACAUUAGCAUACUUCUUAAGAAUUAGUAACUUUAGACGGUGUGUAUUUAAUUAUCCACUCAGGCGUAGCAUGUUCCUGUAGCCUCGAAUGCCGGAAGAAGCAAAUUAUUCGCACUGAAGCACUUUACUAGCCGAGCUAGCUAGCUAGCUGACACGCUAGCUCUAAUUCAUAUGUGAUUCCUGAGAGAGAAGUUUCAGGAAAGGGAACAAUAGUUCAUGGAAGACAAGAAAAGGAAAAAAGAAGACAAACGGAAAAGGGAAACCUCUCAGAAGGUUGCAGAGCAAAAAAACAAAGAAUUUGCCAAGCCCUUGUCUGGCCAGUCUUCUGCCACUCUGCCCAGCAGCAGCUCUGCAUCCUCCAGCCCUGGACCCCCCUCCUCGGCCUCCCCCUCCCCUGCCACCGCCACCUCUCACGGAGGAGGGAACAAUGCCAAGCGGGUGGCGGUGGCCAACGGACAGCCCCUUACCAGCCAAGGCCCUGGUGCCCCCCAGCCCCCCCAGCAGCAGCGCUACAUGCCCCGUGAAGUGCCCCCUCGAUUCCGCUGCCAGCAGGACCAAAAAGUGCUACUGAAGAGGGGCCAGCCCCCGCUGUCCUCCAUGCUCCUUGGGGGUGGCACUGCUGGAGGGGGUGCAGGGGGUGAUGGGGGGCCCAAUGCAAACAUGGCUGCCACCUCAGAUUCCACUCCAGGCUAUGUGGGUCCAGGCUCCUCUUCACUGCCCCUCACCUCAUCAUCAAUCGCUGCUGCUUCUUCUAUUACUAGUUCAAAUUAUGCAAAUUCCACGUGGGGGGUCGGCUCUGGUAGUCACGCCUCCUCUCAUGGCAGGGAGAAAGUGAUUGUGGAUGGCUCUGACCUGGAGGAGUGGCCUAGCAUUGCUGGGGGUGACGGAGGCGGGGCUUCUUCUAGAGGGGGCGGGUGCUCGUCAGCAACAGGGGAGGGCUGUGGGUUAGCCAAUAGCAGCAGUAUUGCCUCCAGUGGCGACCAAUCAUCCCUUACUUCCGCCUUCCCUUUACCCAAUGAAUGUAUGCAGUCGGGCAGUGUUGUGUGGGGUUCUGCCUCUCAGCAAGGUCCUACAGGUGGGGUCGUGGCUGUUGUAGCUGGGUCAAUGUUACCUCCCUCCCUUUCCAAAGCCCCUGCUCUUAUAGGGAACCAGGAUGGCUUCCUUGGUGGCAGCGGAGGAGGGACCACUGGUGCCAACUUCAACCCAAAUGCCAACCCUUCAGCCUGGCCUGCUCUGGUGCAGCAGGAUGGAACUCCAGGGGCAGCUUCCUCAGACAGUGGCCCAGCCACUCUGCAUGGCCCUGGGCCCGUGGGGGCCGGGCCUCUGCCUGCCAACAGUCCCCUCCUCCAGAACCCACCUUUAUCUGUGAAUCAAUCAAAUGCUCAUCAGCACCAACUACUUCACCAAAUGCAAUCCAGAGACAGAGAGCACUCAGCAGCCAUGAUGACAGGAGGAGGGGCGGAUUGGGGGGGAGGAAAAGGAGUGACUUCGCAAGAUACUGGAGCGGGACCAAAAACGCUGAUGGGGGAGGCGGGAGGGACAGACUCUGGGGUAGGUAACGGAGGAGACAAAUUCCUCCCCCAAACCUCCCAGACCUCCUCAUCCUCUUCUUGGGGAAGUCAGCCUUACCCAGCUGCUAACUCCAAAACGGGUGCCUCUAGGACUGAUGACUGGGAGGGAGCAGGACGAGGAGCUGCUGAGGGUGGGGGAGAUGGAACCUCUGGGUGGGGAGGGUACACAGGCCAGGGGGGGAGUACAAAAUGGGGCGCUGGAAGUGGGGGCAAUGAACCACCCGUGGUAUCUCAGGGAGGGUGGGGAGGAGGAGGGGAAUGGGGGGGUAGUGGUGGAAGUGGGGGAAGUGGGGGUGGAGGGUGCAAUCCAGUAGCGGAGGCAGGUGAAGGAGGUGGCUGCAACAGUAACAGCAGCAGCAGUGGGGUAAGCAACCCCACUCCCUCCUUCACAACCUCCACAACUACAACAAAGGCUUGGGACAAUCAGAAGAGGGAGGUAGGGGGGGACGAGACAGCUGAGUGGGGGGGCGGCCAGGGCGGUGGCCGGGGAGGUGGGGGGGAUACAUCAUCAUCCAGCGGAGGGGGGAACUCCAGACCCCAGCGCUUCCAGCACCAUGCAGGAGCCAAUGCUGAGGAGGCCUUACAGACCCUUCUGAGUAGACCUGACCUGGACCCCCGCGUCCUCUCUAACACCGGCUGGGGUCAGACCCAGAUCAAGCAGAAUGUGGCUUGGGACUUUGAAGCUCCAGGAGGAGGAAGUGGUUCAUCCUCUCAAUCCAAAAACAUACAGUCACCCUCCAUGGCUCCUCAGUACUCUGGUGCUGCUACUGAAUCUUUGGGUGGAGCGUCCUCCUUUGCAGGCCCAGGGCAGACCUCCAACCCAGGAGUACCUCCCCUGGCUGCCUCGUCUGGGGAGGGCUGGGAGAGCAGCAGCACCAGCAGCAGCUCCGGAGUCUCUUUGCCAAGCAGAGGACAUCCGUCCUCAGGCCCCAAUGCCAGAAAUCUGGGCAUCUCACAACCUGGAGCUCUGUCCACUGGUCCAGGAAUGGGAGGACCAGGUAUUGGACCAGGACAAGGGAAGACCUCAGGUGGCUGGGGAGGAAUGGGUCCCAGUGAGGGACAGGGAAAAGGAUGGGGUAACGAAGAAGGGUGGGGUGAGUUUAGACAACAGCCGGCAGGUGGUGGUGGUGGAGGCUGGGGAGGUAAUCAGGAGGAGAAAGGGAAAGUAGGAUGGAAAGAGAUGGGGAGAGAUGGGGGAUGGGGUAGCCGUGGGGGUGGGGAGGACCGGGGAAAGCGCGAGUCCAAAUCAAAUAGUGGAGGAGGAGGAGGAGGAUGGGGGGAUGAGACAAGAGGGGGAAGAGGAAACCCAGGUGGAGACUCUGAGGUUGGCACUUGGGGUAGCUGGGAGGAAGGAGCACCGAGGAGAUCCUGGGGGGGUGAUGGUAAUGGAGGAGGAGGAGACAAACCGCAUCAAGGUUGGGGAGGAGGUGGAGCUGGUGGAAAGAUGCACCCGUCACAGAUGUCAAACACCCAGACAACCUCGAUCAAAGGCCCUCAGGCACCACCUCAGCUACAAUCACAGCCCCAGCCUCCCCCGCAGGACCAAGGGGCUUUGCAAGGAGGUUGGGGUGGUCGCCAACCACCUCCCCCAGCCCAGAACCAGAACCAAAGCUCAGGCUGGACCACGGGACCCAUUCCCAGUGGUCCUGGAGGAGGAGCAGCAGAACCCAGUGGCUGGGAGGAACCUAGCCCUCAGACAGUUAGUAGGAAGAUGGAGAUUGAUGACGGGACCUCAGCGUGGGGGGACCCCAACCACUACAACUUCAAGCCGGUCAACCUGUGGGACAAGAGCAGCGGCGAUGGUGGUGCCCACUCUGGCAAGCGGCCCCCUCUGCAUGGCCAGGGACAGCCCCCACAGCAGCAGGGGCCUCCAGUGAUGCAGCAGUCUGGGCGGCAGCCUCCGGGAGUCGGGGGAGGCAGGGAUGUCAACCCUGGACUUGGACCUGGUAAAGCUCCUGGGAUGGCUCAGUCAGGGUGGGGUGGGGGCUCCCCCUCCAGUCCAUCAGUAGAUGACAGCACAGCGGCCUGGGGCAAGCCCAGCGACACCCCCACAUUCUGGGGCGACCCUGCAGAGGCUGGGAAGCCCUCUGGCUGGGGGAACCCCUCUCCCAACCCCAUUAAACCUGCAGGUUCCAAGUCUAUGCAAGAUGGCGGCUGGGGCGAGGGGGAUGGGUCUGUGGUGGCGUCGCGUCAUUCCAGCUGCGAGGAGGAGGAGGAGGGAGCUGGAAGCGUGUGGAGCAGCGCUGGGUCACAGGGCAGUAGUUCCUCCUACAACAGCGGGGGCUGGGGCCAGGGCCAUGGAGGAGUCAAGAAGACCUGCAACAAGGGUCCUCUAAAGUCAGGAGACUCCUGGAUGAACCCCAUGACCAGACAGUUCUCUAACAUGGGGCUCCUCGGAGAUGAGCCCAGCGGUCGACCCCUAGAUCUGGCCCCAUGCCCUCAGGAGAAGAAGAUGGAUGGAGAGAAGCGAGGGAUGGGGCUAAAUGACUACAAUGGGGAGAUGAGGAAAGGAGGUAGGGGAGGAGGAGGAAUGGUCUUCCGUUCUCCUGGUUCCAAAGACAUGGGGGCUGGAGACCCUGGGCCUUACUAUGACAAGACCUUGCCUUUCACCAAUCAGGAUGGGUGCCUUGUGGAGGAGGGGCCUUGCUCUCCCUACUCUCCACCCACUGUCUGCAAGCCCUACCCCCUCUACAGCCACACUAUACCCCCUAGACAAGGUGGUCAUCACAUGUAUGGUGGUGGGAUGGGCCAGUCCAGACACCAGCCCGGUGUGCCACCUAUAAACUCGUCCCCAGGGAUACGGGCUCAAGUACCUCAACAGUUCCUGUCACCUCAGGUGCCAGGUUCCGUCCUGAAGCAGAUGCCCCCUCCCAGCGGCAGCGUGGGGGGUGUCGGAGGCGUGGGCGGUGUCGGAGGGGGGGUCUUCCCCCCCCAGCUGUCACCCCAGCACAUCGCCAUGCUCAGCAGUAUCUACCCCCCUCAGCUACAGUUCCAGCUGGCCUGUCAGCUCCUCCUCCAGCAGCAGCAGCCUCAGCAGCAUCAGCUCUUGCAGAACCAGAGGAAGUUCCCCCAGAACGUCCGCCAGCAGGCCGACCCUCAGCAGUUGGCCAGGAUCAUGGCUGUUCUCCAGCAGCAGAGGCAGCAGCAGGCCGGGGGGGCUGGAGCGGGGGGGAAGCUCUCCCCCUCCCACCUGGGAGGGGGGGGCCUCAAACUCCCUGACUCCCUGGUCCAUCCCGGCCUGGGGGGCUCUGGGGUAGACCUGCAGCAGAGGACACAUGGGGGCUACUCGGGGUAUGGCUCGGGGAUGAGCCUGUCUGGUCUGGAGCUGGGGGGGUCGGCGGUUGGGGGGCCAGGGGGCAUGAAGGACAUGGGGGGGCAGCAGUCCCGCUUCAAGUGGAUGAUGGAGGGCCACUCCCCCAUCCCCUCCCCCCCAGAGAGCACCCUCCACAAAAAUGGUCCUAUCCCUCCCAUGAAGAUGCGGGGGGGCUCACCGUAUGCCCAGUAUGACAUGAUGGGUGGGGACGGCCUGCCCCCCCAGGGGGACCACUGGCACCGCACCCCCGGGAACAAGAUGAGCUCCAAACCCAGCACCUCCAGCUGGCCCCCGGAGUUCCAACCAGGCGUGCCCUGGAAGGGAAUCCCCAGCGUCGACCCGGAGUCUGACCCCUACAUGACUCCAGGGAGCAUGAUGGGAAACUCUGGACCGUGUAGCCUCAAUGACAGUGAGCACCAGUUGCUAAGAGACAACACUGAUUCCACCCCACCCCUCAACACCUUGCUGCCUUCACAUGGUGCCUGGCCUUACAGUGCCUCAGACAGCCCCAUUAGCAACGCACACAACUCAGCAAAGUACACAGAGUAUAAGACCAGCUGGCCCCCUGAGCCUAUUGGACACAACAAGAUGUGGAAGGCCAAUCGCAACAGCCACAUGUCUCAACUGCCCCGCCCUCCCCCAGGACUCGCUAAUCAGAAGCAGCCGUCGCCUUCACCCUGGUCGGGCGGAGCCCCGCGAUCGGCUACAGCGAGAGGCUGGGGUGGCGCCGGCGGGAGCCAGGAAACGCGAUAUGGACCUGGCGCUGCUUGGAGCGACGGGGGGACCUCUAGAGGAAGCUGUUGGCUGGUGCUUAGCAAUCUCACUCCACAGAUCGACGGCUCGACCCUGAGGACCAUCUGUAUGCAGCACGGUCCCCUCCUGACCUUUCACCUCGGCCUGACCCAGGGCAGUGCUCUGAUUCGCUACAGCUCCAGGCAGGAAGCAGCCAAAGCCCAGAGUGCCCUACACAUGUGUGUGCUAGGCAACACCACCAUCUUAGCGGAGUUUGUGAGCGAGGAGGAAGUGGCUCGCUAUUUUGCACAUUCCCAGGCAGUAGGAGGAGGAACAGCAGGCGGAGGUGUGGCCGGAGCCCCAGGGGGAGCUGGGAGCCAGGGAGCCCCUGGGACGGGGCCUGCUAUGGGGGCCAACAGCAGCAGAGGGGGUAACCUCCCCGGAGGGGAGAGAGACCGCGACAGACCCCGAGGUGUAGGAGAGGGCGGCUCGGCUCCUGGAGGGAACGGCAACGGUGGAGGAGGCAUGUCAGGCACCUCUGGCUCAGGCUGGCAGAGUCUGGACGGCACGGCUGGCUCUCCAGAGCCCAGCUCCAGCCAGGGGCAGGGCCUGGGGGUGUUUGCCCAAUGGAGCAGUAAUGGGGCCGAGGGAGCUGGGGUGGGAGUUGGGGCUGGGGGGGUGGAGACCGGGAGGCAAGGUCUGUGGGGGGGGAUGGGGGGCGGGGGGUACCCAGGUAGCAGUUUGUGGGGAUCCACUGGCCUGGAUGAGAGACACCAAAUGGGUAGUCCUGCUGCUCUCUUGCCUGGAGACCUGCUGGGAGGAGGGACUGACUGAUGCACUUGUGCGCACACACACACACACACACAUACAUACAUACAUACAUACAUACAUACAUACAUACAUACAUACACACAAAUACACAUAGGAUCAGAAUAUACUGGUCACUACCAUUCACCAAUGGCACAAACACACACACCUGUCUGCAAACAUGCUUACAAUCACUUAAACUUAUAAACAUACAAUCACACCUUGUACCCUUAAAUGAAGACUUGAAAUCCAUUGGACUUACUUAACUGGAUCUCUCCCACUCCUUCAACCUGGAGAAUAAACCGGUCUUACACACAACUUAUACACUCUCGUUGUGAGGUCAGUAUCUCUCAGGCAUGCUCACCUGGGAAACCCAACGUUAAUAUGGUCCUGUGUGGUGUGGAACAACCAACACACGCUUACAAAGCAGAGCACACACUUCUAUAGAACCUUUCAAACACCUACAGACGGCAGCGUGCCCUCACAGAACAGAAUAGUACAUUUGACCAUACAGGGCCAAACAGAACGCAAUCCAACCAGUCAGAAACCUACUCAGAACCAAACACACACUUUUAACAUAACACAGACCUCUACCAGACAGUGAACUACUUGCAGAACUCUCAUUUAGUAUACAUAAUUGUCAUCUAGUAUACAGAACUCUAAUUUCUACAGGUAGACAGAUGACAAACACACAGGUCAACGUGUCAUGUGACCACGUCACUGGACCCAUCCACCCCAAUUCACAGGCCAACCUACAGGCUAACCAAUCAACCCCUAGUGAAAAUCACAAACGUCCUUCACAUCCUCCAGUUCCACACUGCUGAAUUGUAUCCUCUUGUGUGUCCAGCUUUUCGGUUUUGAAGAAGGAAAAAAAAUGUUUUGUGCAACUGUGGGAUCCAGAAAUAUCCUUCUAUUUAGUUUUCCUUGAAAUGCUGACCCUAUGUAUUUUUUCAUAUUCAAUCAAGUUCCUUAUUGUAUCAUUGUCAAGAUGAUGAUUAUGAUGAUGAUGGUAAUGACUUAUAUUUACUACUAGCUGUACUCCUUGUGCAUGACAGUGACAGUAGGAUGUAUGGAGAAGGAUAUCACAAUGAUGUCUCGAGUGUUUGUGUUGCAAUCGUGGUGAAUGUUUUGGUCCAUGAGAGAUUCAUGAGUAACACGUACAUGUGUGAGAGUGAUGUAUGUGUGCGUGUGCACAUAUAUCCAAAUGCUUAUCUGUCCAAGUCAGGGAGGUGAAUACUUGUUCAUUUGACCGCUUCUUUCAGGUGAGUGUGUUUGUGUGCGCGUGUGUCAAGUGAGAGGGAUAUUUUGUUUCAACGGAACGUUAAUGAACAUUGGCACUAAUGCAUAUUUCUCUUAAGUUGUUGUUUUUAGCAGCAUUCUUUUGUUUUGUAUUUUUGUCUACAUUGCAAUAAGAAAUGACUUUUUUUUUUUUUUUUAAAGAGAAGCAACCAACUUAUGGCAUUUGUAUGAUAUAAUGCCCAAACCUACUACCACACCAAGCUCAGCUGGAGAAGUGUUUUACAGGCACGUUAAAAGUUACCAAUUGUUGUUUCGUUUCUUUGUUUGUGUAUACAUUUAAAUUAAGGCGGUAUAUCACUCCUGUUCAGGUUAUUUUUGUUUGUUAUCAGAUGAUAUGGAGAGAGAAUGAUUUAAAGCAGAAAAGAACAAGACAAUAAAGGUUGAAUUAAACGUG